UCCGCCUCUCCCUGAUUCUUCCUGACUGCCAGCGACAAACCUGAGCCCGGCGUUUGGAAACUGGGCAGGUGAUUGCGCUCCAAAUGAAAAUGUUUGAGAGCCUUGACUCUGCAGCUACGAAAUCUGGCCGGGAUCUCUGGGCUGAAAUUUGUUCUUGUCUGCCAAGUCCUGCCCAAGAAGAUGUUUCCAACAAUGCCUUCUCGGACUCCUUUGCGGAUUCGCACCCUGCAGGCGAAGGCCGUACGGCGGCAGCAGCAGACUCUGCUGUCCAGCCAGCAGCCGUAAAGCCGUGGGCUCCCUUGCAUGAUUCGGAAGUGUAUUUAGCAUCUCUAGAGAAGAAACUAAGAAGAAUCAAAGGUUUAAACGAGGAAGUAACGUCCAAGGACAUGCUUCGAACCCUGGCCCAAGCUAAGAAGGAAUGCUGGGAUCGAUUCCUCCAGGAGAAGUUAGCAUCAGAAUUUUUUGUGGAUGGACUUGAUUCCGAUGAGAGCACCUUGGAACAUUUCAAAAGGUGGCUCCAACCAGAUAAAGUAGCCAUCAGCACAGAGGAGGUCCAGUUCCUCAUCCCUCCUGAGUCGCAGGCCGAGAAGCCAGAGGCCGGGGACAAGCCAGCGGCAGCAGAACAAUAAAUCACACACACAUACGCCAAGCAGCUGUCUGGGGCCCAGGGGGAACAGUAGAGAGCUUGACAGCGCCCGCAGCAAGGAGGGGAAAGCCCAGACUUCUACUCCACAGAGCAAACAGCUGCUGGCCCUCGGGGACUUGCUUAGAGCUGGCGUGUGUGACUGUCCGGAUGAAGUGACGGACCCAGUGUGUGCUGGAUCAAAACGCUUCUGUCCUCACAGCUUGACUGAGCGCUGCUGCUGCUGCUGCUGCUGCUGCUGCUGCUGCUGCUGCUGCGGGCUGGGGGUCUGUAAGGACCUGUGAGGAGCAGAGGGUGAAAGAGCUCGGAGCCGUGGGAGCCUUCGUAUAGACGGGAUCAGUCAAGGGAGCCGCGUUUUCUCUCUCUCUUCUGGAUCUUCUUGCCUGUGUCUCAAGCAUUCCACAGUUAAGUAGUCAGGAACAAGCGUAGCCAAGGAGAGUGAAGUCAGCCUCCUUGAGUCCAAGCCCUUUACCGGACUCUCAGGAACCGGGCCUUUCCUUUUGAUUUGUUUCUUUUGUCAAAAAAUGGGAGGGGGUGUGUGUGAAAACGUGGGUGUUUAUAUCUGUGUAGAUAUAUUUUCUAUUUCGUGGCUUCUCCUUGUAGGGACUUUACACGUUCCAGAUUAGACUUGUAAAUAUGGCUUAGUGUUUGACAGUUGAUUAGCUCCAAGCUUGUUUCCCGUGCAAGUCCCUGACUGAGCUUGCAUUUGCUUCUUUUUUUUUACUGUGUUGUUCAUGUAAAGUUUGAGUUGUCUAUAUACAACUUUCUCAUUGGAACACCUGUGUAUGGGGGGCAGGGCGCUGUUGACCCAUUUCCUCUCUAUGAACACUGGGGAGCCAGCAACCUUUGCCAGCCUGGUGUACAAAGCGAGUUCCCGGAUAGCCAGGGCUACAUAGAGAAACCCAAUCUCAAAAGAGGAAGAGAUUGGGAGUUGGAGAGGUGGCUCAGCGGCGCUAACUGCUCUUCCAGAGGUCCUGAGUUCAAGUCCCAGCAACCACAUGGUUGCUUACAACCAUCUAAAAUGGAGUCUGAUGCCCUCUUGUGGCAUACAGGUGUAAAUGCAGAUAGAGCAUUCAUGUACAUAAAAUAAAUAAAUCUAAAAAAAAAGAUUUUCUUAUUUCAUUUUUUAUUUUAUUUAUAUGUAUGUGUGUUUGCUUGUGUGAGUUUAUAUAAACCAUGUAUGAGCAAGAGCCCAUGGUCACCAGAAGAAGAUGUCGGAGCCUUUGCAACUGAAGUUACAAAUGGUUGUAAGAUGCCAUGGGGACCUGGGUGGGCCCAGGUUUUCUGCAAGACAAAUAAAUGCUUUUUGCUGCUGA